CCAGACAUGCCAGAUGGAGCAAAAUUGUUGUUCACAAACAUGACAAAGUGGAAGGAACUGAAAAUAAAAGUGAAGGUGAUAUUCGAUAAGGAAAUAGCUGCAGCUGUGGAGAAUGAAGCGAUUUCGGCAGAAGGAAUCCCUCGGUUGGACUGGGGUUAUCGUGAUGAUGCUCUUUCUAGAUGGAGUGUUCGAGAUAGGUCACACAGUGGAUGAUUUGGUGAACAAGACAAUAGAAUACCUUCAGCCCAAUCCAGUCUCCAGAGCCAUGAGCAAAGUCCGUGGUCAGAACAAGGGAGGAACCAAGCCUCAACAACCCGUAGGAUUCCUGGGAGAAGUCAUGCUGAAGAACGGCAGAGAAUUAGGAGAAGAUUCAACGUUUGGUACGGCGAUGGUCGAGAUGGGAGAAUCACUGAGGCAACUUUCUGAAGUCAAGGGCGCCUUCGAUCUGAACGUCAGACAGAACUUCCUGGAUCCCCUGGAUCAUCUCAAGAACAAAGAUCUGAAGGAGAUCAACCACCAUCGGAAGAAGUUGCAGGGGCGACGUCUUGACUUUGACUACAAAAAGAAGAAGCAAGCAAAAGGAAGCACAAUUCCUGAAGAAGAAAUCCAAUUUGCAGAAGAGAAGUUUCACGAAUCUCAGGAGCUUGCUGAGAACGGGAUGAGGAACCUCCUUGAGAGUGAUGUUGAGCAGGUGUUACAGCUUCAAGCGUUAGCCGAGGCUCAGCUAGAAUACCACAAACAGUCUGCAGAGGUCUUGGAAAGCCUUCUCUCAACACUCAAUGAAAGGGUUGAGGAGGCAGGCAGUCGACCCAAAUCAGAACGCAAACCCAGAAGUACUUUCAACUCUUACUCCACGAAGAGAGACUCCAGUGACGGAGACGACACCGACGCGUACCCGUCAACGGUCGAUUACAACGCACCAGUACCUGUAACGGCAACGAAGGAACGCUGCAAGGCACUGUACGACUUUGAGGCAGAAAACGAGGGCGAACUGGGGUUUCAGGAGGGCGACAUCAUCAGCAUCGUCAGUAAGAUCGACGAGAAUUGGAUCGAUGGAGAGUUAAACGGUCACACAGGAUACUUCCCGGCUAACUAUGUGGAAAUUAUCUAACCGGUUUAAUCAUGGUAGGUGGUAGCGUUACUUAUAGUGUUGCAGUUUGUACUUUGUCAUCGUGUGGUUGAGUAUGAGCGUGAGUUCUUCGCGAUGAGUACACGUACAAGUACUUUGUCAUCCUGAGUUUGAGUACGAGUACGUUGCCAUGGGCACAAGGACACAUUGAAGUACUUCGUCAUCAUGAAUUCAAAUACAAAGACGAGUACUUUGCCUUGAGUACUAGUACGAGUACGCAUAUUCUGGCAUGACAAGUAUGAGUAUGAGUACUUUGUCUGAGUAUGAGUCAUUUCUAUCAGUAUGAGUACUACAAUACUGGUUACUCACAAUGGAACUCUGUGUACAGUAAACAGAUACAUUGAAUAGCGCCCUCUGGAGAGUGGUCCUAUGUAUAUCAGCAUAAUGUCAAUUGUGUACUUUUUUUUUUUUAAAUUCCAUCAUAUUAAGCUAUGUAUUUCCAUAGACGAGAUCUCUUAAUUGUUAGUUCUUUGUAAGCCUUGGCAGUCUGGUGUUUUCUUUCUUGAAACAACUAAGAAUAUGUCUUCCCUUUGAUUCUACCAAAUGAGAAAUUACCGGUCUGUUGGUAUUUAAAAGGAGGCAUUAUACAACUUAGAACUCUUGAAAAGUUCCCCAGAUUCAGUGAAUUCCAAAUGAUGUGGCUACGGCUA